AUGGAGCAGUCAUUUUCCUCCGCUGGGAGCCUCGUGAUGGAAGUCACCAAUGUGUCCCCAACCCCACCUCGAGAAUUCAGACCCUUUGUAUCAGUGGGAAUUUCAGAAAUACAGGAGACAGUAGGAUCCGAACAUUUCCGCUAUAUCAAGUCCAAAUAUAACCCAGCAGAUGCUCUCACCAGAGUAAUUGCACCCAGUGACCUCAAAGGCUGGAUGUUAGGACCAUCGUUUCUCAGAUUGCCAGAGACCGAAUGGCCUCAAUUUCAAGAUGACGACCAAAUUUCCCGCCAAGAACGACAACACACCUUGAAAGAGAUGAAGACUGUAACGAAGCACCAACAAGUUGGCAAAAGACACAAAAUUACUGGAGAAACUCAUGCGGUCUACAUUCCCGAAGGAAAAGCAGACAACAAUAUCUUCUGCUGCCUAUUGCUGCGAUGCUCGACCUUCACAAAGAUCCGCAGAGUCCUUGCCUACCUACAUCGUUUCGUUAAAAUUAUGAGACACAGAGCUGUGCCCCAAGGCUCUCUGACAGUCCAGGAACUCAAGCGUUCAGAACUACAACUUUUGAAAUGGAGUCAACUCCACAUAGACUUGCAACGACUCGAUGAGAAGUUGAUCGCCAAAGCAGAUGACGAAGGCUUGAUCAGAGCUCAUGGCCGCCUUGAAAAUGCCAGGAUACUGCCGAAAGACAUGAGGGACCCAGUCGUGCUGCCAAGGGACCUUCCAAUAGCUAACCUGCUCUUACAUCCCCUACACCGGAAACGAGGACACUGUGGCUACAAGAGCCUCAUGCACGAAACAAGACGGACGUUUUGGAUUAUCGGGCUCAGGAAAAUGGCCAAAGCUGUAGUAAACAAGUGUGUUGUCUGCCAGAAACUACGCAAAAAGCCCCUCGAUUAG